CAAAAUAAAACAGCUGUAGUCCAGAUUGAUUUGUUAACAAAUUGCAAAUUGGAACUAAAAAGUAGAAAUGCAGUGUUAAAUAGUCUGAAAUUAUAAUACGAAUACAAGAUAAAUCAAUUCGUGAAGUCGCCACUUGUUGCCGAUAAAGAAGAAAUAGCGCAAGUGUUUUUUAAACAAAACUAUGAAUAUAUUAGUAUUUAUAACAAAAUCGUGUGCAUUUAUAAGUCUAAAAGACUAAUGCUCUUCAAUGCUAUGUAUAAGUUACCAAUUAAAAUUGGAAAUUUUGAUAUUUAGCACUACCAUACAUUAAAUCAUAAAACAAACCGAGAAGCUACAGCUACCCAUUGCCUUUUAGCUAAAGUCCUCGAUUUAAAUCAAGUUAUUAUUCGUUCAUUGCCCUACUAGUAGUUGAAGUGUGGCAAAUAAAAAGUUGCAAAAAAAAUCGGAAAAACUGUUCCUUAAUUUACAAACCACAUUAACCAAUACAGCGGCCACCACGGGCGUCAAUGCCACAGCCAAUGUGAAGCAGUUACGUCAACAAAAGCGCUUCAAAAGUUUAUAACUUUCCUGCAAUAGCAAAUUGUAACGCUAUACCAGUAUAUCGCUUUGUUCAUUUGGAGCAAAAACUUUUAUAAAAUAGCUAUAAAAAAUAGCAAAUAAAGGACGAGUGCAUGGCAAGUGCAACUGCAACUAUAAUAGAACUUGUGUAUAUAUCUAGCUGCAUAAACUUGUGCAGGUUUAGCCAUAAAAUACGAGUAAAAUGCAAUUUGUAGGAAAGCUAAAAACUUUUAUUUUGAAUUAAACAAAAUGGAGUUCACAAAUAUUAUGCCAUAUACAAUCUGCGGAGUAGAUUCCACAAGUGAAAUAUUUCUUUAAAUUCUUCGUACCAACAUACAUAUAUUAAAAAAUAGUUUAGCACAAAUUUGAAUUUUAUAUUAAAUUAUUGGCAACAAGAUUAUUUUAAAGAGCGAAUACAAAUCGCCUGUAAUUUUGCAAAAGUUUUACAUUUCAUCCAACAUUCGCUUCGUGGUAUGCAAUUCGAAGGGCACUUAACAUAAUUUGUCGACGGACAUGGAUGCGCAUUGCACACUAUGUCCACCUAAUCUGUUUAUCUACAAGAUAAGCUCUGGCUAUGAAUCUGACGCUUAAUACAGCAGAGUAUAACAAGCCAUACGAAAAAAUAACAAGAAUUACACAAAAAAAGCAGCAAUAACAAAAUUAAAACUUUUCAAUCCGCACACAGACGAGUUGUUUUUUGACAAGUGAUAUAACUGCGGUUGCAGUUGACCAGCUUCUCCCUACUGUUCAGGGGUGAAGAGCAACAAAAGAUGGCAGCAAACACCAACAUUGCCACAACCGACAUCAACAAGCAAGGCGAACAGCCACGGGACAGCACCCGCAUGGCGUUUGUUGCCGGCUCGCCAGCGCCAUCGUCAACAUCAGCCACGCCACAACAAAAGCGACAUCAAGAACAAUGCUCUACGAAAAUAUUGCAAGCACUACUGGGUAUUGCAGCGCAACCGCAAGGGGAUACACAAUCGUACGAGCCGGAAUCAGUGGCAACGCUAAAGCAGCAGUGGCAUAUGGAAUUGAGCCAAAUUGAGUUGAUCUAUCGCGCGGAGGGUAAUGCAAAUUUGGUGCUAGCAUUGCCGCAAUUUAAAAAAGUUUUGCGUCUGCCAAAAACGUCGAGACUGCCGACAACUAGCCACAGCAACAGCUCCAAAUAUAACGAAAUGAAAAUUGGUAAUACACAACAGCAAACGGAUGCGAAUGUGGCGAAGGGGCGGCAAGUGCCCGACAAAGAGUGGCAGCAACAUCAACAGCAUCAACAACAACAAGCACAACAACGGCAAACUCAAGAAAUGCAAUUGCAACAUCAGCCAGAACAGCAAAAACAUCAGGAGGUAGUCCAAAGUGCUUCCGACCCGGCUGUAAAUCAAAAUGCAAAAGACUUGACAAUGGAGGAUUUUGUAGCUUACAUCGAGGUAAUACGAAAACUACUUGGUAGCGAGUUUGUAUUCGAGACCGAGAUUGUACGGAUAACGGCGGAGAAGGACAUACGCUGGAUAAAUGAACGGAUUCGUAAGGAUAGACCAGCUUAUCGUCGUGAUAAAGAAUUUUGUGGGGAAUUCGGUUUGCUGCUGCCAGAUGCUACACGCUUACCAAUAGCAUUCGAUAUUUUACUUUCCAAUUUGCAGGCGGAAUUGAUCGGCGACACAUACGCCAUCGAAAUAAAACCGAAGCAAGGCUGGCUGCUACCCAGCGAGGUCGUCAGCAAUUUAUGCGAAGUGAAGAAAGGCCCAGCGCUGGCCACUGCAACAGCACAGAUGGCAGAGCUGCAGCAAGAAAGCAAGGGCGAGGAGGUGGUGGAGGGAGUGGGAGCGCCAGCGCGCAGCCACGUCGCAAGGUGUCGCUUCUGUGCGAUGCAAUUUCUGAAGCUGCACACGGGCAAAAUCAACAGGCGAACUUCUUAUUGCCCGCUGGCGUUGUUUUCCGGUGUUCCAGCGCAAAUGGUUACCGCCAUCGAUGCUCUACUGCGGUGUCCGCAAAAUAAUUUACGAGUAUUUCGUAACGGUAUUUUAGUGUAUGAUGGCGAAAAGCAUUGCUACGAAGAUUUGGCGGAGAAUAUAUUUCCAGGGCAAAUAGAGCUUUUAAAAGAUUUGGUGGUGGCGUGCCUGCUGAGGGACUACACGACCAACGAAAACAGCAGCGACGGUGGCGGUGGCGGCGAAGGUAGCAGCAGCAGCAGCAGCAUUGCAACCAACGACGAACCCGCUGACAUUGUUGAAGUGGCCAAAGCUGCUUCUGGUCAGCCACACUUAAGCGCGGCGUCGGAACAAAGCGCCAUGGCAGAGGAGAAACAAAGAGCAGAUGAGAUGUGGAGCGCGAUGGAAGAAAGUAGCGUGUUGCCAGCACAUCUAACGGAUGGUGCCCGAGGGGCGACGGAGCCGGCAGCACGAGUGGCUUCUAGAUGUGCACCGACUCUGCCCCGUCCACGGACCAAGACGACGACAAGGACUGACACUGUUGCACUGGAGACAACUUCGCAAGCACAAAUCACCGAAGUGGAAACGCUGUGCUUACCGGCAAAUUGUGUGCUGCAAAAAAUUUUGCAUCUGCAAUUGUUGGCCAAGCACCACAUGCCCGCUCUGCAUGCGGCCGGUUAUGCGCGUAAGUCGGAAAAAUCAUACAACGCCUUAAAAGCCUUGUUGCAACGUUCGUGCCAACAACAAAUUGGCGAUGCAUUGCAGCCCGUGGAAGCAUACAUGCUGGGCGCCACAGCGCUGGACUGCUCGAUAAUGCUGGCGUUUCAGGAAAUAUCCACGCACAAUACAGAGCACGCGCAUCCACGUUCGCCUGAAAUGACAACAGCGGCUGCGCUGCCGAGGCAUUGCGUCGUUUUGCCGCGCUAUAAAAGAAGCUUCCUCACCAAAGUCACGCUGGUCGACCUGGAUCCAAAGCCUGAUAGUCACUUGUGUAAAUACAUUAAACAGACGUCUCAAGCCCUCAACUUAUUUAUGGAUAGCAGUUCGUGAUGGCUAGCUUGUGUGUCCUGGCGCAUGUGUGUGUGCUCACAAGGCGAAAGAGUCGGUAAAAGCCUUGAAAAGGAAAUACUGCAUAACAUUAACGCUCCGAAAUGUAAAUAUAAAAAUGUAAAUACAUCUCUUUUUUGUUAAUAUAUUCUUCGUAAUAAAUGCAGUGUUAAAUUAAAAAAUGCA